GGAUAAAGCUACGCUGUUUAUUGAUGAGUCAACAAAAUCAACCCAGACUAGACAGCACAGCGCAGCAGAGAUCAACGAUCAACCAGCCCCAGGCCCAGGCAUCUGAGGCAUCCACCAAUCGAAUCAUAAUGGCAAGCUUUCAACCAACGGCAACACUUCAGGAAAGCAUUUUGGGAUUCUUACAGGGCUGCAAGGACCCCCAACCAUCUCUAGCCAUUGCUAAGAAAGUUGGAAAAAUAACUGCAAAAGAAGUAAACCCAACUCUUUAUCGACUCGAAAAGGAAGGAAAAAUCGUUAAAACAAUGCCCUCAGGAUCUAAACCAUUUUGGAAAAUUGCAGGCACUGUUAUUCCAUCAGAUGAUCUACCUACUACGAGGUCGAGGGCCAGGGACGAUCAGCAAAGUGCCAACAGUUACACCGUUCCCCCACAAGGUAGCCAAGCUGGAAUAGGUGAUGAAAAACUUUAUAGACGAACCGAUUUUGAGGACGGAGUUACGUUUCAUGCCGUCAAUCGACCUACCAACAAUACACCAACCUUUGUACCUGUACCUGUCAAUGAAUCAGUGGGCGGACCUCAACCAGUUACACCUCAUUCGAUCCAAGAAAGCAGCAUUGCCAAUCCAUCCACUGCUACUCCUCAGCAAGCCAGCGAAGGUCGUCCAUCAAGACCCGUUCAGAUAGAAGUGGACGACAGAUUCCAGCAAGCUACCGACCCAGUCACACCCCCAAACCCUAUAAAUUUUGCGGGAAGGGGCAAAGAGAUGCAAAAAGACGAGAAAUCGAAGGCUAAGAACAUUGAAAACCAAGUGUCAAUAAACACAAUGAAUAACAGUGAAACUGAAACCAUUGAAAGUCCCCCGUCGUCCAGAUCCCCCAGUGCUGUCACCCUGGACUCUAACUCUGGUGGAAGCAUUGAACCAGUGAGCCUGUCCAGUUUAACUAUUGAGCCGAGGAGUAGCAAUAUGCCCCUUAGUGAAGCCACCUCCUCCUCUAAUAUUCCCCCCAGUGAAGCUACCCCCUCCUCUGAUAUGCCCCCCAGUGAAGCUACCCCCUCCUCUGCAGGAGGGCCUCGUGGCUCAAAGGCAAAGAUGGCUAUCAGGUUUCCUGGCAAGCCAAAGGAUGAGGAUCCCCCCCAUACCUCCCAAUAAACAGGUACCGUACGCGAACUUCUUAAUUACUUUGUAUUGUGAUUUAUUAUUAAUUUUAUCACCUCCAUUAUUUUAUUCAACAUUGAUCAAUAAUUUACUGAUUCACUUCGUAUCCUAGCGUGAUGUCUACUGAUUAUGAGCAUGUAUACAUGUAAUUCUUUUUCUCGAGGAAGCAUGGGUUAUGGCUCGUAUUUUUGAUUUUUGUUGUGGUUAUUCUAUAAUUAGUAUAAUUGUACGAAGCACUGUUCUUUGUAGAAAGGUAUUUAGUACAGUACGUGCACAUGUCCCUUAAUUAGAAUCACAUGUACAAUGUCAUGCAUAUGGUUAUUAUUUUAUCGUUUCACUGCGUAUGUAUCACCAAUCUUAUAUUGAUUUAUUAUUUAUUAUUAUUGAUUGUUCUCGUGAUCUGUCUGAAUGAAUCUGUGAACUACA